AUGACGUCUCCUGUACGUGAGAGAAGGUUGUUUUUGCUGUGCCCCGUGUGCAACAAGACCCAGGGACAACUGUCCGUGCAUUUGAGGAGGGUGUGCAUGAAGGAAGCCCCCGCUCAGGCUCUCGCCGACACACUGGAGACAGCCAAGAUGCAAGCAACAGAUAUAUUGAAGUUUGGCCGCGUCUUCUCUUAUGGCAAGCUGCAGAAGAUCAUCGCAGAUGCUGAGCCACUGAGCAGGUUGAUCGAGGAGUUGCGCUCCCGACACAUGGUGGUGACAGGCAUCCCGCCCCCCCCGCAAAACCCAGAAAUGUUGCCCUCCACCAGCGAAGGAAACCAGCCACCGCUGGACGACGGAGGGGGGAGGGCACCUACAGAAAGUCCUUGCAACCCCACUACCAGCGAAGCCCCUCUCAGGGAAAAAGAGGGGUCGAAGACAGCCAGGCAGCUCAUGAAACAGACAGGCUUGUCCCACAAGCACUCUGGGGACGACCCACUGCUGAAGGCGUUUUCCGAUCACUUAGAAAAAACGCAGAAGCACAAGUACUUUCAACAAGAUGUCGAUAACGUUGCGAGAGUCCUAUACCACAUGGACUCGAGUCACCCAUCGCUGGGUUUCGUCAGCGUGUGGGUAAAGACGCUGGACUUCAUAAGUGAACUUGAAGCAAUCGGUCUGUCCAAGCAGACACAAGUGAAUUAUUUAAAGAGCAUCAGAAAAUUCCUCAGGUAUCAGACUGCCCACACAGACCUGGCAUCCAAGGACGGGGUGCUGUAUCAGCAGUCGCAGAGCUAUUUGGUUUCUCUGGACCACCUGAUCCGGUCUCACAAGAGAGACGGAAACAGCAAAAGCCCACGGAGGUCCGCCACAAUGGAGGAGGACGAGCCAACCGUUUAUGAUUGCCAGGCUGUGCUCAGAGCUGCCAAGCAGGAUUUCGUGGCAGUGCUGAAGAAAGCAUCAUCAAAAAGCAGGAAGCCCGAGAUCUGGGAAUGUUCGCUGGCCACGUCUUAUCUGCAGGCGGUCCUCCUACUGAAGCACCUGCAGCCACCGACUGCGGUGGAGCACAUGACGAUAGAGGACUGGUUUCAGAGGCAGAGGGCUGGAGGAGAUGGGUAUGCAGUGGUUGCUGUCAAAACCAAAAAAGUCAGCACAAGGUUCGCCCUGACACAAGAGGAGGAAGAUUGGUUUCAGACAUAUUUCACCCUGGUGCGGCCCCUCCUUUUCAGCACCGCAACUGGCAAGAGGAAGCUGGACGACCUGGAGGCAGAAGACAGGUUUUUCCUCUCCACUGCAGGGAUGCCCAUCCAUAGUGCCAGCAACGACCUGGAGCGCCUACAGGCAAAAUACAAACAGGAGAAGGUGUCCAGCCAGGUUGCUCACAAAGCCUACCGGGCUGCCAUCCAGAGAGUCCCAGUCCAAGAAAAGUCCCAGGCUGCGGAUCAGACCCCAGACACCUCCAGCGAAAGAGGCAACCUGGAGGAUGUGAUCGCGGCAAGAGCCCUGCUGGACAAGCUAACAAGCGAACCCAGCCCUGGCUGUCUUGGGGAGUCCCUGUCGUCUCCCACCGCUCCACCAUGUUCACAAAUGACCCUUCAGGCAGCGUUUGACCAGCUUCUUCAGUCACAUCCCGUCACUCUGGAUGGGAAGCUUCCGAGCAAGGCUGUGUGCUACCAGCUGUCACCGAGACACCAUCGGAGGCUCUACGAGCAUUGGGCGGCUCAGCAAAGGGAGCUGCGUAUCCAGCAUGCAGUUUCCCACUUCCCAAAGCGCCAGCCCACAAAGCCACGCUUGGCAAGCUGGAUUAAGAAGCAGGCCUGGAAGAACGCGCCUACUACUUGCAGUAUCCUGGCCGCAUGGAGACCCUCCCACUCCAUGGAGGACCUCACCAAUUCUGAGCACAUCCGUCAUCUGGUCAAAACCCAGAACUGGAGGGGGCUUCACAUAACGCAAACUGAAGGAAAAGGAAUGGGGGUGACAGUCACGCGGACGUUCCAUUCAGGGGAGGUCAUUUGUGACUACCACGGCAAACUGAUCUCAGGCAAAGAGGGGCAGGAGGUCCACAAGGCCACGGACCCCGACCACAGAGGUUACAUGUUCUUUUAUAAACGAGGCGAAAAGCAGAUGUGCAUCGACGCGCACCUGCCUCGUUGUGACUGCCACCCGGAAAAAGACACUCUUGGCCGUCUUAUAAACCACGGGUCCACCGCUCAAGCUAACGUAAAGCCCAGACAAGUUAGCAUGGACAUAGAUGGGGUGGAGCGGGACGUCAUCCUCUUCAUCGCUGUCAAAACAAUGUGUGUGGGCGAAGAGGGCCUGUUCCACUAUGGGGUGGAAAAGAACUCCUUUGGUGGCGAGGGCUUAGACCUGGAGUGGUUGUAA